AUGCCGAGGCCUAUUCCUGCUCGCGAUUUCACUGUCGGCUGGGUCUGCGCGCUGCCCAUCGAGUUAGCAGCCGCGGCAGAAAUGAUGGAUGAGGAAUACGCUGACCUCCCGUCCCAGCCGUCCGACUCGAACAUCUACUCCUUUGGCCGCAUCGGCGUCCACAACGUCGUCGCUGCCCAUUUGCCCGCCGGCCAGAUGGGCGCAAACCAAGCAGCUAUUGUCGCGAGCCAAAUGAAAGCCAGCUUCCCGUCGCUGCGAUUCAGCCUCCUCGUUGGCAUCGGUGGAGGCGUCCCAAACCUUGAGAACGACGUCGACAUUCGGCUUGGCGACGUCGCUAUUAGCCAGCCGACAGGACAGCAUGGCGGAGUGAUCCAGUACGAUUUUGGGAAGACUGGGGCUGGCGGUCGCAUCGUUCGCACGGGUAGUCUCAAUACGCCACCGACAAUCCUUCUCAACGGCCUAGCUAAACUCCAAUCGAACGACGUCCGAGGCAAAACGCAGGUCCUCACAUACCUCUCUCGGGUGUCUAAUAAGCCAGAGUUUGCAUCGCCUGGCCCCGAAAACGAUACCCUAUACCAUGCAUCAUCGACUCAUGCCAUCGGAGCUACAUGCGCAAAAUGCCGUCCAGAAGACGUAGUUAAUAGGAAGCCACGUGCGACAACCAAGCCGGUCCUCUUCUUCGGCAACAUCGCAUCGGGGAACCAGGUGAUGAAGGACGGACUAACUCGCGAUAGGCAUAGUCGGGAACUGGGAGGUGUUUUGUGCUUUGAGAUGGAAGCAGCUGGGUUGAUGAACAAUUUCCCUUGCAUUAUCAUUCGUGGCAUCUGCGACUAUGCAGACGCACACAAGAACAAGUUGUGGCAGCCAUACGCAGCGGCAACGGCAGCAGCAUAUGGCAAAGAACUGCUAACUACCAUCCCAGCAUUGGUUUCGGGUAACCUAGAUGAGAAACAAGAUUUUCGUCUAAAACCACACUUCAUCGUCCCAUUCGGCCGGAAUGAAAACUUUGUCGGCAGAGACGCGAUCUUAAGGCAACUUCUCGAAAGGAUUCCCCCGAGUGCUUAUAAAGACACUUGCCAGAGGACAGCUAUCGUUGGCCUCGGAGGGAUUGGCAAGACGCAGGUUGCUAUCGAAGCUGCCUAUCGCGUUCGCGACGCACACCCCGACUGCUCUGUAUUCUGGGUGCCGGCUGUCGACACGGUGAUGUUUGAGAACGCGUAUCGCGAUAUCGGCCGAGCGCUUAGCAUCCAAAGCAUCGAAGAUGACGAAGCGGAUGUCAAAGGGUUGGUUAAAGCUGCCCUAGAACGGGAUGGUGAUAGGAGCUGGCUUCUCAUUAUUGAUAACGCUGACGAUAUGGAGUUGCUCUUUACCAACUCCAAGUUAGCGAAGUAUUUCCCCUCUAGCAGAAAGGGCUCUAUUCUGCUCACGACCCGUAACAAGCAGGUGGCAACAAGAUUUAGCCGUGGUCACCCUCUAUACUUACGGGAGAUGGGCAGCAUAGACGCCACUCAACUCCUGAAUAGUGGAUUAGACGAAAGCCAGAUCAGCGACACUCGGAUCACUACAGAGGUGCUAGGGCAUCUCGCUUAUCUACCUUUAGCUAUCCGACAGGCAUCGGCUUAUAUGGCUUCGAAUAAGAGUGUGACGGUGUCUAAAUAUCUCGGAUACUGUAAGGCUAGUGAUGAGAAACUAGUGGGAUUGCUUAGCAAGGACUUUGAAGAUGAAGAUCGAUACGACGAUAUCCAGAACCCAGUGGUCAAGACAUGGCUAAUCUCGUUCGAGCAUAUAUCAAGAGACAACCGGCUAGCAGCAGAGUACCUCGGCUUUCUAUGCUACCUCGCGGAGAAGGACAUCCCCCUAGCUCUUUUGCCGCCUAGUGAGGAUGGGAUAGACACCGAUGAGGAUAUGGCGGCGGAAGAAGCAAUAAGCAUGCUAAUGGCCUACGCGUUCAUCCAGGAGCGAGACACUGAGGGAAGGAUCGAUAUUCAUCGGCUAGUGCGCUUGGUGAUGCGCAACUGGGUAAGGGAGAAAGGAGAGGAAGAGGAGCAAGUGACAGAGACGAUUUACUGGCUUAGCGAGAGGUUUCCAUGGCCGGAUCACAAGAAUAGGGAAGUGUGGAUGACGUACUUGCCGCAUGCGCAAGCGGCACUUCGAUUUCAGGAUUGGUGCACAGACGAGGAAGCAUUAUGGGAUCUGUUGGCUAAUACAGGGCGAAGCAAUGAGCUACUUGGAAAGUAUGGCGAGGCGGAGCAGAUGCAUCGGCAGACACUGGAGAUGAGGAAGAAGGUGCUGGGACCCGAGAAUCCUAAUACACUCAGCAGCAUGAACAACCUGGCAGGCGUUUUUGAUAGCCAGGGGAAGUAUGAAGAGGCAGAGCAGAUGCAUCGGCAGGCACUAGAGAUGAGGAAGAAGGUGCUGGGACCCGAGAACCCCGACACACUCGGCAGCAUGAAUAACCUGGCACUUGUGCUUAGAAGCCAGGGGAAGUACGAUGAGGCAGAGCAGAUGCAUCGGCAGACACUAGAGUUGAGUCAGAAGGUGCUGGGACUCGAGAAUCCCUCCACACUCACCAGCAUGAACAACCUGGCAGAGUGCUUCGACAGCCAGGGGAAGUAUGAAGAGGCAGAGCAGAUGCAUCGGCAGGCACUGGAGUUAAGUGAGAAGGUGCUGGGACCCGAGAAUCCCGACACACUCACCAGCAUGAACAACCUGGCACUGGUUCUUGGAAGCCAGGGGAAGUAUGAAGAGGCAGAGCAGAUGCAUCGGCAGACACUGGAGUUGAGGAAGAAGGUGCUGGGACCCGAGAAUCCCUCCACACUCACCAGCAUGAACAACCUGGCACUCGUUUUUGAUAGCCAGGGGAAGUAUGAAGAGGCAGAGCAGAUGCAUCGGCAGGCACUGGAGAUGAGGAAGAAGGUGCUGGGACCCGAGAAUCCCUCCACACUCACCAGCAUGAACAACCUGGCACUCGUUCUUGAAAGCCAGGGGAAGUAUGAAGAGGCAGAGCAGAUGCAUCGGCAGGCACUAGAGAUGAGGAAGAAGGUGCUGGGACCCGAGAAUCCCGACACACUCGGCAGCAUGAAUAACCUGGCACUUGUGCUUAGAAGCCAGGGGAAGUAUGAAGAGGCAGAGCAGAUGCAUCGGCAGACACUAGAGUUAAGUCAGAAGGUACUGGGACCCGAGAAUCCCGACACACUCGGCAGCAUGAAUAACCUGGCACUUGUGCUUAGAAGCCAGGGGAAGUAUGAAGAGGCAGAGCAGAUGCAUCGGCAGACACUAGAGUUGAGUCAGAAGGUGCUGGGACUCGAGAAUCCCUCCACACUCACCAGCAUGAACAACCUGGCACUCGUUUUUGAUAGCCAGGGGAAGUAUGAAGAGGCAGAGCAGAUGCAUCGGCAGGCACUAGAGAUGAGGCAGAAGGUGCUGGGACCCGAGAAUCCCGACACACUCAGCAGCAUAAACAACCUGGCAGGCGUUCUUAAAAGCCAAGGGAAGUACGAAGAUGCAGAUCAAUUAUAUCAGAAGUCACUGGCGCUAAGGGUGGGACAAAGAGAUGCAUUCCACGGCAGUGGCAGCGCGAACCAGUACCGGCCACCUGAAGAUUAUGUGUCGUGCAAUACACUCUCCGGCUUCCCACACACAUCACCAAAUGAGCUUAAGAAGAAGGUGCUGGGAUUGGCGUAUUCUUUAAGCCGUAGGGCAGACCGUAAUGUUGCUGAUAACAUUGAAGUGAACGCAGACUCUAGUUCCACGACUUCAGUAGACUAA